AUGACUGAUUUCCACCACCUUGUCAAGACGAACCCGGCCCAGGUCGUGGCCCUCGACCUCCCUCCCAACCUGUCAACAGUGCUCCUCAAGAAACAUACGAUCAGUGUUGAGCCCCGGCCGCUCCCAGUCCUGCAGCCUGAUGGCGUGCUUGUGCGAGUCAUUGCCUCUGGUAUCUGCGGAUCAGACUUACACAACUUCAGUGCGGGUGGGGUGGGCGGACGGCCCGUCCUCGAGCCACUGGUUAUGGGACACGAGAGCGCGGGCGAGGUCAUUGCCGUCGGCGACAUGGUGACGACGCACAAGGUCGGAGACCGUGUUGCGAUCGAGCCGGGCCUCCCAUGCCGCAGAUGCGCCAACUGCAAGAUCGGCCGUAUCAACAUCUGCCUGAACGCGCGCUACUGCGGCGCGCCAGGUAGCGUGGGAUCGCUUUCCAAGUUCUUCGCCCUUCCCGCUGAUAUGGCUCCUCAUCUCCCAGACGGCCUGAGCUGGGAAGAGGCCGGGAGCGUGCAGCCGCUCGCGGUGGGCGUGGCGAUCGGGAUCCGCGCCGACAUCCGUGCACACCAGACCGUCGCCGUGAUCGGGUGCGGGCCAAUCGGGCUGAUCGCGGCCGCCGUGUGCCGGGCGUAUGGCGUGAGCCAGAUCGUGGGGUUCGAUAUCAACCCGAAGCGUGUGGCGUUUGCGCAAGGAUACGUGUCGGGCGGAGCGCAGGUAUUUGACAGCGUGUUCCUCGUCGAUGACCUGCCAACGCAGGCUAAUGGUACCGCCAACGGCCAUGAUGAGCAUCCCGUCGGAGAUAUCAAGUUUGAGGCAGCGAAGAUCCGGGCGGCCAAGUACCUCGCCAAGGCGGGGCUUGACGCGGACGGCGUCGACCGCGUCAUCGAGGCCAGUGGGGCUGAAGAUGCCGGACUCCUCGGCAUCGCGAUUGCCCGACAGGGUGCUACUUACCUCGCCGUCGGCCUCGGCCACCACCAGACCAUGACGUUCCCAACCCUCGCCGUGACCAACAAGGAAAUCGACGUCAAGGGCAUCACGCGGUACACGUCUCCGUGCUUCCCGCACGCGCUGGAUCUGCUGCGCCGCGGCGCAGUCGACCUCAAGCCGCUGAUUACGCGCACAUUCCCCCUCUCGCAGAGCCAGGAGGCAUUUGAAGCGGUCGAAGGCGGAAACGAGAUCAAAGUCAUCAUCAUGAAUCAAGAAACUUAG